AUGUCUGCACCGGUGUCACACGACGCCAAGGUGGAUAUUACAGCCCUCCACACCAAGUACACCGGCCUUGGUACCAUCGGCACCGAGCAAUUCCACCAUGGUGCUUGUGGCGAUAUCGAAUACACCUCGAGCCAUGCCGUCGUCGCCAUCAGCGCUGCCAGGUUUGAAAACUCCAAGCAUAAAUCCUCCACCUGUAGCAAGUACGUCAAGGUCAACCGCGCCGAUAGUGAGUCCACUCACUACAAGUACAAGGUCGUCGAUAUCUGCGAGGAGAACUCGCUCCUGUUCUCCGAGGAGGAAGAAGACGACAACGGUUACACCUCCAAACCCGAGUGGAAGCCAGAAUCCGAGCCAGAAUCCAAGCCCGAGUCCAAGCCUACUGGCCACCACACCGAACGCACUUACCGCGGUCGUGGCACGUGGUUCAGCGGCACCAAAGGGUCUUGCGAGGUUGACUUCUCCCAGGACGAGGUGAUUAUUGCUCUGAACGAGGCCGAGCGGGGAGAGCAGCGCGGUCCAAAUUACCAGUGCUUCAAGAAGAUCCGCGUUUCAGUUAAGGGCGAUCCUUCGAACAGUGUCGUUGUCCGCGUCGAUACUUGUCCUCACCACUACUGCAGCUAUGGCCAGCUGGAUCUCUCCCAGGUGGCCUUCGGGAGCUUUGCUCCCAUGCCACAGGGUGUCUUUCUCGAAUGCUCCUUCGUCUAG